CAGAAUCAAAUCAAGUGUUUCUAUUCAGCCCUUAGAUAACACAGAACCAAAGGGAUGUUACAGAGAUCUUCAUCUGUCAUAAUGAUGUUCUUUCACCUCACAGUUUUUUCACUUCUUACAGAAAUUAUUUUUGGAAACACUAUAACACCCCUCUUUGCUGAAAAGCAUGCACUGAAAGGAGAAGUGGUUACUCUAACCUGCAACUACACUGAAAGUAAUACAAGGAGUUUGCAGUGGUACAGGCAGUUUCCCAACACUGCACCUGAAUUUCUCCUGCAAACUUUGGAGAAUGCGGCUCCAAAGCAGAAGGAACGUUAUCUUGCUAAAGCUCAUAAAGACAAAAAACAGCUGGACCUGGAGAUCUCCAAAACUGAAUUGACAGACUCUGGGAUUUACUACUGUGCACUGGUGCCCACAGUAACAGGAAACACACCUACAGUGUACAAAAACACUCAGUUAAGAUAUCUCACAAUUACAUUACGCUUUAAAAAUAAAGACACUAUACAGUACACAAUGUCACAAAAUAACGAUUUUUGCUAUAUGUGGAAUUCCUUUGCAAACACAAUUAAACCAUUAUCUUCAGAAAAACAUGUUUAUAGAGGUGAAAAUGUGAUUUUGUCCUGUAACUACACUGGUGAUGUAAACAAUCUGCAAUGGUAUCAACAACAUCUGGGAUCUCGACCAGAGUUCCUCGCUCUUGUCACAGAAUAUUCAGAUCCUGAUCCUUCACUUCGUCUGUCAGCAAAAGUUAUGAAAGACAUAAAGCGUGUGGAUCUCACGAUCUCCUCUGCUGAAGAAACCGACUCUGCUGUGUAUUACUGUGCCAUGCAGCCCACAGUGACAGGAAACACAACAACACUGUACAAAAACCUGCUUUCAGUCAUGUGA